CCGAAUUAAAAGCAGAAGUGGUACUAAAUUUCUUCUUUUCUUAUUGUUAUUUUUCUUAUAUUUGUAUAUGCCUGAAAUUAUUAAAGAAGGUUAUCUCUCUUUGAAAGAAGAAGGUUUAAGGGCUUGGAUCUGGUCUAAAAGAUAUUGUGUAUUAAGAGAUCAAUCUUUAACUUUUCAUCGUAAUGAGGCUGGACAAUGUAUUGGCUUAAUAUUUUUAAAAGAAAUUGGUUCUGUAACGAGAAUAGACCUUAAACCUUAUUGCUUUGAGAUAUCUGCAAAAGACAAAACAUAUUAUAUUGCUUGUAAAAGUGAUGAAGAACUUUAUAGUUGGAUGGAUGAAAUUUACAAUAGAUCAUCUGUUGGAACUUCAAGUCCAACUAAUUUCAUUCAUAAUGUUCAUGUUGGUUUUGAUCCAAUUACAGGCGCUUUCACAGGACUACCCGAUCAAUGGACUCGUUUGUUAAAAGGUUCAGCCAUUACAGCUGAAGAUGCAGCAAAGAAUCCUCAAGCAGUUUUAGAUGUACUAGAGUUUUACGCUGAACAAACAAAACGUGAAGAAGAAGAAUAUGGUACAUCUCAACUUCAGGGCGCUGUUGAACGCAUGAGUGGUUUGGGAUGGGCAAAGAUGAUGCAAGAAAACUCACUUCAACAAACAAGUCAAAAGAAACCCAUUCCUAAUGUAAAAUUACCUUCCAAAAAUAUACCUCCUAGACCUGCUCCUCCUCCCCCUUCUGCACUUCAAGCCCUUUCUGAAUUAAAAAUACAAGAACAACAAACACAAUUACCACCGCUGCCAAGACCUACACAUAAAUUAAAUAUGAUUACACCUGCUUCACCAGGUAAUUACGCUUUACCAUCUAGAGAUCAAAAUGAAAGUCCGAUUCCCACUGGUAAAUUAGUUAAAGAUAUUCACCUAGAAAAAGUUUUGGGUUCAGAAAGGGUUCCAAUUCGUACAAGUAGUGUCGAUUAUUAUCAACAACAGGUAUCCAGAGAAAAAGAACAACAGCAAUUAGAAAGUGAACGUGAAAGAGAAAGAGAGCGCUUAUAUAAAGAAAGAGAAAGAGAAAAGGCAGCUGCUCAAGUAUCGUCCAAGAAGAAGGUUGAACAAAGAAUUAGUACAAUGACUGAAGCUCAAAUUAUGGAAAAACUUCGUUCUGUUGUUUCUAAAGGUGAUCCUAAUGAAUGCUAUAAAAAAAUUAAAAGAGUGGGACAAGGUGCAUCUGGUUCUGUUUAUGUUGCAAACUCUCUUGCUACAAAUACAAAAGUGGCAGUUAAACAAAUGGAUUUGGCAAAUCAACCUCGUAAAGAACUUAUUGUUAACGAAAUCUUGGUGAUGAAGGAAUCACAACAUCCCAAUAUUGUUAAUUUCCUUGAUGCUUUCCUUAUUGGAAGCUCUGAUUUAUGGGUAGUAAUGGAAUAUAUGGAAGGUGGCGCUUUAACAGAUGUCAUUGAUAACAAUAGUAAAAUGACUGAACAGCAAAUCUCAACCGUAUGUCUUGAAACUGUUGCAGGUCUUCAUCAUUUACAUUCACAAAAUAUUAUUCAUAGAGAUAUCAAGUCCGAUAAUAUCUUACUUAAUUCUCAGGGACAUGUUAAAAUUAGUGACUUUGGUUUCUGUGCAAAAUUAACAGAUCAAAAGAGAAAACGUGCAACUAUGGUAGGAACACCAUAUUGGAUGGCACCCGAGGUAGUAAAGCAAAAAGAAUAUGGUGCUAAAGUGGAUAUUUGGUCACUUGGUAUUAUGGCUAUUGAAAUGAUCGAGAAUGAACCACCUUAUCUUGAUGAAGAGCCAUUAAAGGCCCUAUAUCUUAUCGCAACAAAUGGUACUCCAACAUUGAAAAACCCUGAAAGAUUAUCAAAUGAGUUGAAAUCCUUUUUAGCUGUAUGUCUUUGCGUUGAUGUCAGAUCUCGAGCAACUUCUUUAGAAUUAAUGAAUCAUGAGUUUCUUAAAAAGGCUGGUCCUUUAGAAAUUUUGGCGCCUUUACUGAAAUUCAGAACAAAAACAAAGAUCUAAAAAGUUGAAUACAUAAUUCUACAACUAUUUAAAGGAAAUAGAUUUAUAAAAUAAAU